AAGACGCUGAUAAAUUCUCUAGAGUGAAAGAAAAGGAUCUCUCUCUCUCUCCACCGCCAGAACCUUGAGCGCGAAGACAAAGACUAUAUUUUUACCCAUUGCUAUCCCAUCACUAAGUGGACUCACAGCCUCGGGCUUCAUAGCUACACGCGCCUGCGGUCAUCUGAACGUGUUCGUCGCUGCUCCGUUCAUCAACCUGCUCGCGAUAGAUCAGCCGACCGCGGAGACGAAUCGAUCCGUGCCUCCGGCGAGUCAUGGCGAGAGAGGCCGAGCGGGACAGCUGCCUCCUGCGCGAUCUCCGGCAGCAAGCCGGUAACGACACGUGCGCGGACUGCGGCGCUGCAGAGCCGGAUUGGGUGUCCGUGACGCUGGGUGUGUUCGUGUGUCAGGGAUGCUCGCUCAUCCACAGAAGCAUUGAAAGCCUCAGCCAGGUGAAGUCAGUGCUGCAGGACACAUUUGAAGAUAAAGAAAUCGAGUUUAUCACAUCUAUGGGGAAUGAAGCGGCAAAGGCCAAGUACGAACAGCAAGCUCCUCCGUUUUAUCACCGGCCCUCCCACACAGACUGCAGGAUUUUGAGGGAGCAGUGGAUCAGAGCCAAGUAUGAGAGACAGGAGUUUAUACACGUCGAGAAACAAGAGCCUUAUUCAGCAGGGUACAGAGAGGGGUUUCUAUGGAAACGUGGUCGAGACAACGGACAGUUCCUCAGUCGCAAGUUCAUUCUGUCUGAAAGAGAAGGAGCACUGAAGUACUUCAACAAGCACGACGCGAGAGAACCAAAGGCCAUAAUGAGGAUUGAAACCCUAAAUGCUACUUUCCAGCCGGCUAAAAUAGGAAACCCCUACGGCCUGCAGAUCACCUAUCUGAGAGACAACAGCACCAGGAAUAUCUUUGUGUACCACGAGGACAGUAAGGAAAUGGUGGACUGGUUCACUGCGAUCCGGGCAGCCCGGUUUCAUUACCAGAAGGUGGCAUUUCCUGGAGCUAAUGAUGAGGACCUGGUACCCAGACUGACAAGAAACUUCAUGAAGGAGGGUUUCAUGGAGAAAACAGGCCCAAGGCACACAGAGGGCUUUAAGAAAAGAUGGUUUACCAUGGAUGAUCGGAGACUAAUGUACUUUAAAGAUCCCUUGGAUGCAUAUGCACGCGGCGAGGUGUUCAUCGGCAGUAAGGAGAACAGGUAUACUGUGGUAUCCGGGCUGCCGCCCUCGAUCCAGGGAUAUCACUGGAAGUACGGGAUCACCAUUGAAACCCCAGACAGGAAGUUCCUGUUUGCUUGUGAAACCGAGGCGGAGCAGAAGGACUGGAUCGCAGCCUUUCAGAGAGUCGUCAACCGUCCCAUGAUGCCGCAGGAGUACGCAGUUGAGGCUCAUUUCAAGCACAAGCCUUGAUGCUGGCUGUAAACCUGCCUGUAUGUGCUGUAUGCUGCAGGCGGCACAGACUGGACAAUGAACAGCUGUUCUGUCUCAUGAAGCGCUCCGGACCGAGCGAGUACCUUCCUACCUUGAUUUACAAACCACUGGACUGUGCUGAAGACGUCUUCAUCGUGAGGCUUACUUAUAACCAAAGCAGACGUCCCGGGUUCAGCCGUCAGCCGAGCUACUGUACAAAUAUGGCAUGUGAAUGUUGUCCAUCGCUCUUAAACAUAACAUUUAAUCUGUAAAUCACAAGUACUAAACACCACGGUGCGUUCUGACUGAUGUUAUUUAUUGGAUUUUCCAUGCAAAUGCUGCUGUGAAGCUUAGAUGAUCCUCAGACACUACACAACACCACACCACUCCGAGUGUCUUUGCUGAUCAUCUAGGGCUUUCGUUCACCAUUACUGAUCAUUUAAAUGUGUGAAAACCAUGUUAGGACACCUAUGUGAUUAGUAUAGGUUUCAUAUACUACUUACUACUUCUGGUGUCUGUGCAGGGUGCGUACUGUAUGUGACCCUGGAGCACAAAAGCAGUGUUAAGUCGCUGGGGUAUAUUUGUAGCAA